AUGCCACGCCUGGCCGACGACGACAAGGACGUCGAGACGACGCUGAAGCGCAAGGUCAAGAACGAGCGCACCAACCUCUUCGAGUGGGUCAAGUACAAGUGUCUCCUCCAUGGGCCCGACCUGCUCCUCGACCCGUGCGACCUGGACGACGCGCUGCCCGCCACGUACCGCAUUGCGCUUGACAAGGUGCACUCGGUGCAGACCAAGGCCGGCUCGCGCUUUGAGAUAGCCCAUACGACCGCAAGCCAUGGUAGCAGGGUGCGCGAAGAGUUUAUGGCGCCGACGCCGCAGCACUGUUCGCGAUGGGUGGCCUCGCUGCAAGCCAAGGUGCUACGGGCGCAAGCCGACGUGGCCGAGACACCAGCGAUGACGCGCUCCAUGGCCACGCUCAGCGCAAGCCCUGCCAUGGCCCACGCGAGGCGUCACGAGCGAAUGCAAGUGGCGUCUACAACACCCCUCGACCUCGACAAGCUCGAUGGUAUGCUCUCGGUGAUUGAGGCCACGUCGCCCAAGCUCGCGAAAAGCUGGGGCAGCGUUCGCCCGGCGAGCACCAAGAGCAUCCCGGACGACGAGCCGCCCAAACAACCAACGCUGCACCACGAAGUAGACGAGCAGCUCAAGCCAACGCUGCACCACGAGGGCAAUGAGACGCCACUCGCUCGGCGGUGGACCGCGUCCGAACACGAUGCGUCCGAGCAGCUCGACAUUCUCGUGCGAGUCGAGACCGCGCUCAAGCAAUUGGAACUCGACAACAAGGCGGCGCUGUCGCGAGAGACUGAGCUGCGGCAGGAACUCGCGAACGCCCACGACGCCAUGCGCCUCGCCAGCGCCGAGACACAAGAGCUCGCGACGCAGCUGCGUGAAGUGGCGACCGAGCGCGACGAGUGGAAGUUGGUCGCCCGGCAAAAGCAAGACGAGGUAACGCAGCUCCGCGACGAGCUCCAGAUCGCAAAAGACGAAGUCCGCUUGCUCACGAACGAGCAGCUGCGGCUCGCGCACCGCAACCGCGACCUCGCUGUGCACGUGCAGCGAUUAGACACCUUGGUGUACGGUAAAUUCUAA